UCCCUGCUGUUGGUCCCCAUCACUACUUUCUACCAGACACGUUAAAUAGAUUAUAGAGGAUUCACUUAUUUAAAGACUCCAACAGAAAACCGUUUAUUUAGGAUCAUCCAAGAAUAACACCAGUACAGCAGCAGAGGCUCCAGAGGGAUCUCAGUGAAGUUAACUUUGUGGGACAGAGUUGUGUAGUCAGUCAGAGGCCUCCGGGUCAGUCUUUACUCCGUCCACCACCCAGCUGGGACUUUUCAUCUGAGGCUUCAUCAUGGCUCUCAGGCUCCUGCCUGCUUUCAAUACGGACAACGAUGAUGACGACGAUGGAAACUUCACUAAAUGGAUGAGUAGUUACUGGGGUCACGGAGCAGAAGGGGGACACUCCAGAGACAGGAAACGCAGCUUCAGAAGACCUGCGAGAUCACAAGGAGACCGGAGAGCAUCACUACCGACUGUGUCACAACUAGACGCCAUGCAUCUGAACCGGCUCCACGCCGCCACGAUGGCUCCCAGCCCGAGCCACAUCAAGACCAGAGAGGAGAAGGGCGACGUCCUCAGGCCCCACCAGAGAGCUCGCCGCGCCUCCUCGGACGAGAACUGCCGCUCCAAGUCGGCCAUCCCGGAGAACCGCAUCAGCACCAUCCCGGAGCUCGCAGAGUCCUUCGAGAAGAGACUCAUCCUCCGCGAUAAGAAGCGGACCAUGUCUGUGAGUGAAAACGACAAGUUGUGUCUGAUCUGUCAUGAGGACAUGAGGAAGAACGGAGGAGGUGUUCAGGAGCUGCGCUGUGCACACCGCUUCCACAAAGAGGCGGCUCGGAGGUCAGACCAGUGUCGACCUCCUCACGGCGAAGAAGCAGCCGGUCAGGUGAGGAGACUCUCGGACGAGAGGAGGAAGUCUGCAGACGGACCGAUCUCCAUGGAGGAGCAGCACUCACUCCGCCGUCAGCUUUCCCUGCGGAGACAUCGCUGAUAUCAGUCUGAGGACGGAGGACGAGGUGGAGCCAAACAUCAGGGAUGUCUCCUGAACUUUUACUACGAUGGUGUGACGUUCAAGUGAAACUCAGGGCCUCGACUGUCUGACCUGUAAAGUCCUGUGGGCCCCGCCGUCUGCUUUGGAGUGAUUAAUAAAUCAUAAACAUGUAAAAACAUUAUAAAAAACUGAAUUUUCCCAAAAAUGUUCUUUUGUAAUUGUUGAAAAUUCUUAUUAGAAAAAACCUGAGUAUGAAUAUUUGAUGAAGGAAUUACCAGAUCUUGAAGUUUCCUGCUUGUAUUAGCUUUUAUUUACCUGCUGCCAUAUUGAAAUAUAUGCUACUUUAACACUGUCGAAGAAUAUGUGCCUCUUUUAUAAAUGCUUCAUAGUAUUAUAGAAAGCAUGUCAAGUUGUUCACAGGUCACGAUUAUGUUCAGACAGACAAACGAUUAUCACACAAGGAGAAUAUUGUCAGUUUACCACAUUUAAAACAUCUUUCAAUAUUGUUAAAAGUACAAAAUACAAAAACAAUAUUUAAUAUGGUACAUACAGUAAAUCUAAUUAAUUUGUCUCAGUUGAUGUGAUUUUUAUUUCUAUUUACUGUUUCCAGUAACGACUUCGGUAAUUUUGAUUUCAUGCAAAAUUGCUUUUAAUGACGUUCAAAAUGAUGUGUUUCUGUGUUUAAUCAUAACUUCAGUGUUUGUGUUUUUCGUUGUAACAGACAAGAAAAAAGUAAAAUAAAUAACCAAGGAAAUAAAUUGUCAAGUUGAAAUGUUUCUACUUUGGAUUUAUCUACUUUAUAACUUUUUAAGCAAAU